AUGCAGUCCCCCCGCCAGUACCGCGCCGUGAGGUCGGCGGUUGCUCGACAGGUUGAGACUGGGAAGAUUGUGAAUCUGCCAAACGAGAAGGUCAGCGUGCUGAGCGAUGAUGCUUCUUCUCAAACGAGCCAUUCCACCGCCGACUUGAAGGAGAAAAGCCACGAAGACGGCGAUAUCAUCGUGGGGUGGGAGGGUCCACAGGAUCCCCUCAAUCCUCGAAAUUGGUCUAUUGCCCGACGAUGCGUCAUCUUCGCUAUUCUCUGGAUCAAUGUCUUCGCCGUCGACUGGGCCUCGUCUGCCGAUAGUCAAGCUGGGUCCAAGAUCGCGAAACAGUUCCAUGUUAGCGAGGAAGCAGAGGCCCUCUCGCCCAGUCUGUACACCUUUGGACUGGCCAUUGGAUCACUGGCGGCUGGGCCUAUCGCUGAGACAGUGGGAAGAAAUCCUGUCUACGUUGUCUCAAGGAUCUUCCACGUACUUUGGCUAGUUGGAGCUGCCCUGGCUCCUAACUUCGGCGCGCAAUGUGUCUUCCGACUAUUCGCCGGCUUGUCAGGUAGUAUCUUGCUUGCCAUUCAUGCGGCGUCGACGGCAGACAUCUUCGGGCCAGUUCAUCGAACACUUGCAUGGCCAAUCAUCGCAUUGGCCUCAUUCUGGGGAACAGCUCUCUCGCCAGUCGUAGGUGCCUGGAUUGCUCAAUCGUCACACAUCAGCUGGCGGUGGACGGACUGGAUAGCAGUCCUACUUUCUGGAGCCACACUCAUCUUGACCCUGUUCUUCCUUCCAGAAACGUUCUCUCCAAUCCUACUCGCAUGGCGAGCAAAGCAUCUCCGCGACAUCACAGGGUCGGAACGGUUUAAAGCUGAAAUGGAUCUGCAAAAUACAAUCUGGAAACGGUUCCAAGUCGCCCUUCUGCGCGCAUUCCACAUGAUCACCCGAGAGCCUAUUGUCGUUCUGUUAGGAGGAUGGAUCGUGCUGGAGUAUAUCGUUGUCUUUGGUCUGCUCCAGGGCUUCACGUACAUCUUUGGCGAUACCUACAAUUUCGAGAGAGGCCUCAUCGGAACAGUCUUCGUGGCCAUCGGUAUUGGCUGUACGCUUUGGACUUGUUUCAUGCCAUACUACUAUCACCUCUACAAGCGCAAGGUGAAGACACUGCAUCAGCAGAUCACCGGUGAAUGGAGAGACGACCUGGUCAGGGCUGCCAACAUUCCUGGACAAGACCUACCAGAUCCUGAGUAUCGUCUCUGGUAUGCUUUGUUCGCUGCACCCGCGUUUCCUAUUAGUUUGUUCUGGUUAGGUUGGACGAAUUUUUCUUGGAUUUCGCCAUGGUCCGACUUGGGCGCAACGACUCUGCUUGGAUUUUCCUGGGCCGGUAUCUACGUGACCGUAUAUCAGUACAUACUGGACACUUAUGGAAUCUACUCCGGCAGCGCCCUAUCAAUCAUCACCUGCUGGCGAUAUCUAGUGUCUGGAAUGAUCAAUAUGGUGUCUCGUCCAAUGUACAACGGGAUCGGCGUGCACUGGACGAUGACUAUGCUUGGAUGCCUUGCUGUCAUCCAGAUGCCGCUUCCCAUCGUCUUCUACUUUUACGGUGACAGAAUCAGGAAAAGGAGUGCUUUCGCUAACAGGUAUGCGAGAACGAAUACUCCACGAACUCGAGAAGGGCACGCGUUGCAGUGGAAGUGA